UUUUGUUGUAGCAUAGAUACAUAAAGAUGAUAGAGAAAAUGGGAGAAUUGAAGCUGAUUGCCACACCUCAAAGCUUUUACUGUGCAAGAAUUCAAUGGGCACUGAAGCUUAAAGGUGUGGAAUAUGAAUUCAUAGAAGAAGAUUUACUAAACAAAAGCCCUUUGCUUCUCAAAUCUAACCCUGCUUAUAAAAAAGUCCCAACAAUUCUUUAUCAUGGCAAACCAUUAGCCGAGUCCCUUAUCAUCCUUGAGUAUAUUGAUCAGGUUUGGAAACACUAUCCCUUGCUUCCUCAUGAUCCAUCGGAUAAAGCCAUUGCUCGUUCCUCCGCUUUUGCUGAUGAAAAGUUAUAUACAGUUGAAGUAUGGGAAGCUUUCAAAUCAGAAGGAGAGAAAAAGGAGAAGGCAAUCAAAGCUGCUGUGGAAUCAUUGGCAACAGUUGAGAAGCAGAUUGAGGGAAAGAAGUUUUUUGGGGGAGAAAAAAUAGGGUAUUUGGAUUUUGUAUAUGGUUGGUUAGCUCACUGGCUUAAUGUUAUGGAAGAAGUAGGAAGCAUGAAGUUGCUUGAUAAGGGGAGCUUCCCAUCACUCCAUCAUUGGUGUCUGAAUUUCAUCAAUAAUCCAAUCAUCAGAAAAUCCAUUCCAUCCAGAGAAAACCUUGUCGAAUACUUAAAAGGAAGCCUCCGCUACCACCGGGCCCUGGCUGGAGCAAACAAAAAUUGA